AUGGAGCUGGGCCACCAAGCAGGUACAACUGCGUUGACCAGGGGCCAUCUGAACAACAAAGAAGGCCAGCAGGACACCGACCCCAGGAGAACUGCCCAUAGCCCCUUGGAUACCUCUAAGUUCAAGUGCCAGGCCCCAGUCUCCCCUCAGCCGUCCCUGCCCCAGAGAGGCAGCCCCCGAAGCAACCUCCUGGGACAGGCCCACCUGGAGGGGGUCCGGCCUCCAAACCCCUCACCUGUCAGCAGGGACUCCUCUGGGAUGGACUUACGACCUGGGUCACUGAAGAAGGGGAGCUACAGACCCUCCUCGAGGGAGAGCAAGGCCACUUUCCAAGAGGGGGUUCAGCCAUGCCAGGAGCUGAAGGAAGACCCCAACUUGGGGGCCCAGGGCCAGAGGAGCAGCGUCAUUCCUGAUAACAUUCGCCACAAGUUUGGGAGCAACGUGGUGGACGAGCUGGUCUCCGAAGAGCAGGCGCGAAGGGCCAUUGGUGAAGACUUUGAGGGUCACAAGAGGGCGAGCUCGUGGCCCAGCAGGACUCAGAAUUCUGUGGAAAUCGCCUCCAUCUUCUCAGACUACUACGACCUGGGCUAUAACAUGCGGUCAAACUUGUUUCAAGGGGCCACAGAGGAGAUGAAGAGCCUCAUGAAGGCCUCCUACACCCCAGAGGUGAUUGAGAAAUCGGUGAGGGACAUAGAACACUGGCAUGGCAGGAAGACGGAUGAUCUGGGCCGGUGGCACCAGAAAAAUGCUAUGAACAUGAACUUGCAGAAGGCACUGGAGGAGAGAUAUGGAGAAAAGAGCAAGAGCUCGAAGUCCUAG